GUAAUUUGAAUAUUCACCAGCACUCAGCCAGCACUACAGGAUAUGUAGUGUUAAAAUAUAUAGAUCAGUAAUACUCUACUCACUGCAACUUGACUACAAACUACGAUGUCCAUCACCCACAUCGCCUCUGUUAGCCAGCUCAAUGGCAUUCUCGAGAAAGAAAAAGACAAACUCUCCGUAAUUGACUUUCAUGCAACCUGGUGUGGACCCUGCCACGCAAUCGCACCAGCCUUCGAGGCCUUCUCUAAGCAAUAUACCAAUGUCAAUUUCAUGAAAUGCGAUGUGGAUGCUGCGCGAGAUGUUGCCUCCUUGUACCGUGUAUCCGCAAUGCCCACUUUCAUCUUCCUUCGUGGAAAUACAAAGGUUGAUCAGGUUAGAGGCGCCGAUAAAGCGGGACUGAGAGCUGCGAUAGUCAAACACUCUUCUGGGGCUGCUGGAUCAGGUGCAUUUUCUGGUAAAGGGCAGACACUAGGAAGUGGAGGUGGAGGAGGAGAUAUAGCUGAGUCUUCCUCUUCGUUGUUUUCAAAUAUGGAUCCGCAGGUUCGAGUACUUUUAUAUUUACUGGGUGCUUAUCUUGUGUUUUGGUAUUUAAGCUAGGGUAAAUUGUAACGCGUGGAUUCCUCAUUGUUCGAUUCCAGUUUUUACAUGAUUUUCAUUAUCAAGAUAUUCUACAAAACA